AUGAAUCUCAAGAUGGUUGAACUAAAAUUGGAGAUGACGAAAGAGCUUUCGAAGAUUGAGAAAAAUAGUUCUGACUUACAUGGGAAAGUGAAUGUUCUUGGUGAUGCUCUGGCGAAGUCAGUUGAAUACAAUACAAUUUAUUCAACUACACUUGAUGAGAAGUCACCAAAGGAUUCCAAGGUGUUUUCUCAAUUAGAGGAAUUCUUCACUGGUGUCAAGGACUCCAUUACGAAUGUUGCUAUUUCGUAUAAAUCUUAUGUUUCUCUAGAAUCAAUCUUGUAG